AUGGUUGAGCAUAGUGAAAGUAUUGAUGAUCCUGUGGCUAAAAAACAGAGAACAAAAUCUCCAGCAGGAAUUAGCGAUGGUUCCGAUGAGGUGCAGUGUUUGGAGGACAAUAGAGAUGGACAAACUCGUGAUCAACUGGACUCGCGCAAAAGACAGUUACUGUCUGAUUUCAUGUCCAUAUCAAGCGCCGAUGAGGAUACUGCCCUGUCACUCCUUCAAAGUUCUCAAUGGAAUGUCAACAGAGCUCUAGACUUAUUUUUUGGAAAUGAAGAGGAAGACGACAACGAGGUGGCUCAACCUCCUGAAACACAGUCUAGCUGUGAAAGUGCGCCAGUGGAUCUUUCUGGUUUGGAAGUCUCCCUAGUAUCGUGGAACAUUGACGGUCUCGAUGGAAAUAGCCUUGCAACGCGUUUUAAAGCUGUCUACAAGAUUGUCAACAAGUGG